AUGGAUGAGAUGAUUAAGCAGGAUUGUUAUUAUGAACCACUUCCAGCUUCAAAUUCAAAAGCUGAUCAAAGUAAUAAUGAAACAAAUGAAGGUCCUAGCUCUCACCAUCAUCUCAAUAAAUAUGCACUUGCUGGUGCCAUUUUGGCUUCCACAAAUUCAAUUCUCUUAGGCUAUGAUAUUGGUGUGAUGAGUGGUGCUGUGAUAUUUAUAAGAGAAGAUUUUAAGAUAUCAUCAAUUCAAGUAGAAAUUCUAGUUGGAUGUUUAAAUGUUUGUUCAUUGAUUGGGUCUCUAGCAUCUGGAAAAAUUUCUGAUAUGAUUGGAAGAAGAUACACAAUAAUGAUAGCAGCAGCAACAUUUUUGAUAGGUGCAUUAGUAAUGGGAUUAGCACCAUCAUAUACAUUCUUAAUGUUUGGUCGUGUAAUUGCUGGCAUUGGUGUUGGUUUUUCUCUAAUGGUUUCACCAGUUUAUGUUGCUGAACUUUCACCUGAUCUUACAAGAGGGUUCUUAACUUCACUUCCUGAGGUUUUUAUAAGUUGUGGGAUUUUACUUGGUUAUGUGUCAAACUAUGCUCUUUCAUCUCUUCCUAUUGGGGUGAAUUGGAGAGUCAUGCUUGGUCUUGCUGCAUUGCCAGCUGUUUUUGUUGCACUUGGGGUUUUGGCUAUGCCUGAAUCACCUAGAUGGCUUAUAAUGCAAGGUAGACAUGAAGAAGCAAAACAAGUUUUGGUGAGAACAUCAGAGAACAAAGGUGAAGCUGAAUAUAGAUUUUCAGAAAUUUCACAAGCUGCUUCAAAUUUCAAAACUUUUUCUAGAAAUAGACAAGGGGUGUGGAAGGAAUUGCUAAUCACACCCACACGCCCUGUUUUAAGAAUCCUCAUAGCUGCAAUUGGUGUUAAUUUUUUCAUGCAAGCUUCUGGAAAUGAUGCUGUAAUUUAUUACAGUCCACAAGUUUUUAAAGAAGCUGGAGUUCAAGGUGAGAAGCAGCUUUUUGGUGUGACAAUCAUCAUGGGAAUAGCAAAAACAUGUUUUGUUUUUGUUUCAGCAUUGGUAUUAGACAAAUUUGGAAGAAGGCCCAUGUUGUUGUUGGGCUCAUUAGGUAUGGCAGUUUCAUUAUUUGGGCUUGGAUUGGGCUGCACCUUUCUACAAAACUCAGAUGAAAAGCCCACAUGGGCUAUUUCACUAUGUGUGAUUGCUGUUUGUGCUACUGUUUCAUUCUUUUCUAUUGGGCUUGGGCCAACAACAUGGGUCUAUUCGUCGGAGAUUUUUCCGAUGAGGUUAAGGGCCCAAGGUACAAGUUUGGCAAUUUCUGUGAACCGUUUGAUUAGUGGUAUAGUGUCUAUGUCAUUUCUUACUGUCUCUGAGGAAAUUACCUUUGGGGGUAUGUUUUUUGUGCUUGCUGGUGUAAUGGUUGUUGCUACAAUUUUCUUUUAUUAUUUUUUACCAGAAACUAAAGGUAAAAGCUUAGAAGAGAUUGAAGCUUUGUUUGAAGAUGAAUUACAUUGA